AUGGAUGAAGUUAGGAAGAUCCUUCAGGAUCUUACUGCUGAGAGGCAGCUUUAUCAGGAGGCAGCUGAGCGCCGGGAGGCCAUUGCCAAAGCCAAUGAGGAAGAGGCCAAGCGGAGGGAAGCGCAGGCGGAGGUUGAAGCAAUAACUACUAUACUAUACCAAGUAAAAGUGGUAGACAAAGGGGAUUUUACUAUAAACUUACUUGACAAGACAUGUACAUGUAGAAGGUUCCAACAAGAUCAGAUACCAUGUGCACAUGCAAUAGCAGUUUUUGCUAAAAGAGGACUAAAAACUUAUGACUAUGUGGCUGACUACUACAAAACAUCAACUAUGAGAGCAACAUAUGAUACAACCGUACAUCCUCUACCUAAUGAAAGUGAAUGGAGACUACCUGAGAGCUUGGAAAAGAUUGUGAUGCCACCAAAAACAAAAAAGACCUGA